AUGCGAUCCAGCAUCGCUUGCGCUCGAUGCCGGCGCAGUAAGAUUAAGUGUGUCAAUGCCGGCAUCGAUACCACCUGCCGGGCCUGCGAAUCCUCCGGCCGAGAUUGUGUCUACCCAACCCCAGCCGUCAUUAGUGGAAGUAAACGAGAUUUGGCAUCGCUAGCAGAGGGGGACGAUCGGAAUGGAGACUGGGGAGAUGGACCAAAGCGACCACGCCAGCGCAAAAUCCCCGGUAUCACCGGUACCGCGCCGGGAUCCAAGACCGGUCUGGAUGCCCUCGAUGCCUCAAUAUUGACCGCAAAGGUCUGGGAAUCAGUGUUCGAUCUAUUCCAGUCGCACUUCGCUACACAUCUACCUUUCUUACACCCUGCUACUUUCCUCAACCAGAUUCGUCAGCUUUCAACACCCGCGCCGCCAACCCCAGUCCAAGUGGAUGGUCAUGAACAGGUGCGAAGUUCCGUCUCCAAAGCGGAUCCAUCAGCUACGUUGAUCCCACUCGGCGUGCUUGCCUUGACCGCUCGUUUCCACCCACCACUUGUCGCUUUUCACUCCCCUGCAUCUCCCAGUCAUCCGUCAAAUCCUCUUGCGGCUUCCGAAUUCUAUGCGACAGCGCUACGCAGCCGGCUGGCCGGCAUGGAUGGUGCAAGUUUGGCUGUUCCGGAAUUGGCUCGCAUACAGGCUCUAUUGAUGCUUGCGCUUCAUGAAUGGGGUAUGUGCCGCGGUAAGAGUGCUUGGGUCUACGUAGGUAUGGCUAUCCGACUUGCGCAGACUAUGGGCUUGCCUUUCGAACUAGAGAACGAGUUCCCUCCCCGUGAUUUCUCUCGAUCAUCACCCGGUUUUAAGAUGGAAGUCGACCAUUUCGGUCUUUCCCGUCGCAUGGAACCCAAGGAGCAAACUUCCGAUGAUAUUAUCGCGCAAGAGACGAAACGCCGGACAUUUUGGGCUUGUUUCAUUCUGGAUCGGUGUUUGAGCAGUGGGAAAUAUCGACCGCGCAUGAUCGACGUCAAGGAUCUCGGAAUCCAACUUCCGAGUGACAAUGCUUUUGCUUUCGGAGAGCGUGUGAGGACGGCCCGACUUAAUGAGCCGACGGUACGCCGACCGCAAAGCUUCGGUUCCCAGGGCGUUCAGAUCCCGAGCAUUCGGCAAAGUUUGGGCUUCGGCGAUGAAAAGAUUCCCCAGACGAAUGGAACUCCUGAUGGUAAGGCAUGGUCCCCGAUCUCACGCCGAAAGGACUCUAGUGAGGACGAUGUUGAUCGCUGGGAAGUCGGCGCCGAAGAAUCAGUAUUGAGUCGAGUUAUUCGAAUCAUCCGCAUUUGGGGAAGCAUUACGAAGUGGUCUUGUGCUGGUGGUCGACGAACCGAGCAGUAUCCCCCAUGGCACCCAGAAUCUCGCUUUGCAACUCUUCGCAUGCAAUUGAAUGAGUUCCAGGAUAGCCUAUCCCGAAACUUGCAGUACUCGGUCCGAAAUACAGACACCCAUAUCAUGUACAAGACUACGCUUGCGUCUUAUACAAUGAUGCACGUUGUCUAUUUCUUGUCUGUCAUUGUAUUACACCGUGCCUAUAUUCCAUUCCUGCCACUCCGCUGCAAUGAGCCCGUCGGUCCUUUGGAUGAGCCUUUGCUACCAUCGGACAAGGUCAACGGUCCAUCUGAGACCUUUUGGCGCGACAGUGCCCGUGAGCUUUUCAAAGCAGCCCGACAGAUGGUUGACCUCGUUGCGACCUGUCAAGGUCGUGGUGCUCUCAUCGAGAAUCCACUGGUCGGAUUCGCCAUUUACAAUGCUGCCUUCGUUGGUGUAUACGGUUUCCAUUUCUCGCACAUGGACCCUGAUGGUCUCCUGGCAGCUAGGUCUCCACCUGCCAGCCAUGAUAGCCACUUGCCUGGGGCUGUGCAAGCUCGAAAGGCUCUCGACAUUCUGCGGGAAAUGCGACCGCGUCUCAAGAUGUCUAUAGGAUGGUUCCGGACCUUGAACCGUCUCCACAGUUACUUCUCCCGAGCUAAGCGCGAUUUCCGUCGUUAUUCUCGUAACCGCUUGGAUAGUAUGUCUGAUGCAUCUGACCAUGCCGCUUCGAAUGGCGUGCGGCCAAUCCGAGAGGGCGCCUUCGGAGGAGGCUUGGAGGAAUUCAAGCUCCUUGAGAAGCUCUUCCUGGACUUUGGGUCUUUAGAAGACCAGCUGCAGGAGUCGAUCGAGGACGACGGAACAGCAAUUGCCAUUGGUGGCGAACUAAUGCCAGAUCGUCUGACUAAUCUCAGUGAUGCUGGAAGCAAUGCUAUGAAGAGUGACAUCGGUGAUGGUGAUCAUCCCAUGGAUGGUGCUGGCGGGCGUCGCGAGUCAUGGGUUCCUGUCAACAGCCCCGGCAUGCCUCUCCCUGGUCACGAAGGAGACCGUCGCCCAAGCCUUCCCUUGCCCAACACCAAUCGUCCAAUGCCAUCGCAGUCACCUUAUUCAUUGCCGUCUCUGCAGCAGCACCACCCAGAUGGCCCUAUGUACAACUCCUCCUCAUCACCUCCCAAUCUUCCAUCCCUGGCGGCCACCACCCAAUCCCCAUCACAGUAUAUGACUGCGACAAGCAACCGACUGCAGCCAAUUAACUCCUGGCUUCCAUCCCGUCCAUCCGCACCACCCCCUCCAUACUCACAGUCUCUACCUCCAAUCAACGCUGCCCCACACGUGCCCGUCCUUCCUCCACCAGGCCCAGUCACCCAACUGGCCCCAUCACCUCCCUUGACCUCAACCGAAGCCCCCGAUACAAGCUUCUUGUCGCCGAGCGUUCUAUCCACAAGCCUCGGCGGUGACGAUGUCAUGGCAUUCCUAGAUGGAGGCGACUGGGCACAAUUCUCACUUGUCCAACCUUCCGAGCUCGGCGUUCCCACCGGAUGGCUCAGCGCCGUCUGGUCAACUCUCAGCCGGUAA